AAAAAAUUAUCAGAACAAUGGAACCACUGGGAACAGACAGAAAGUCCAGGUUAGCAGAGUUGCGAAGGAAGAGAAAUCAAGCACAAGCAGGCAUAACUGAACAACACACUGAGCUGAAACCAGAUGUCCCUCAGCCCCAAUCAAUAAGAGUAAAAUCUGAGUCUGAGCUCACCAUAACAGAAGCUCCAACUUUGCAACUACCGAAUGGAGAAACAGUUGAAGCAGUAUCACAAAGAAUACAGGAUGAGAUAUUCCAUCGAGCUCAAUACGCUGCAUCUGCGAUUGUGGAUCAAGAUGUGGGUGAAGAUGGAUCUUCACCACCACCUCAAAAAAUAUCCUAUACUCAAGACCUAAAGAAGGAUUUGAAGCUGUACUACCAUAAAGCUAAUAUACGGACGGAAAGGGCAAUUAAUAGAAUAAUUCUGGAUAAGUAUCAACAGUAAGUACUAUGUAAUGACUUAAUAUAAUAUGUGU